AUGGCUAACAACCCAAUUAGGUGUGAGCGAGUUGGGUGGAUCGUGGCGGCUCCCCGAACCAACCUGGAUAGGAUUCUUUUUAUCAUUACAGCUUUGGUGAGGCGGUAUGAUGUGUUGGGGUUGGCGGGGGAGAACGUUCACCUGCCCUGCGAGGUGGACAAGGCUUCGUGCGGCGACUUCCACAGCAUUAAGUGGUACAAGGGCAAUGACAGGGUCUUCAUCUUCUCCGACACGGCCAACGUGAAGAGGGCAGAAGGGCCCCUACUAGACAGAACGGACUUCCACUAUGCAGCUAACGGUACGGAAAGCAGUCUGGAGAUCUUCCCGCUACGGACGGAGGACGAGGGCCUCUACAAGUGCGAGAUCACGUACCUGGCCGUCCGUGAGGCCUGUUCGGUGGUGCAGUUUGUCAACCUCACAACUCACGCGCUGCCGAAGUAUCUUCAGAUGACUUUCGAGGAUGGAUCGCCCGUCGAGACCGGCACAACAGUGGGGCCCUUCGACGAGGGCACCACCCUCACCCUCAUCUGUGAGUCAGGGGGAGGCAAGCCCGUCGCCCGCGUCACCUGGUUGAACGGCAGCCAAAAUCUAGCAGGGGAAUAUUCCGGCAUCUUGGAACAAGACGGGACGGGCAUAGGCAGGAACGUCCUCCACGUGCCCCUCACCCGGGCUGAUCUGGGCACCAACCUCACCUGUGAGGCCGACAACGCUGCCUUAACCUCACCAUUCACCGCCUCCGUCACUGUCGACCUCAAUGUGCCGCCGCUGAGCGUGACAGUGACCGGGGCGGAGUCAGCGACGUACGAGGGGGACCAGGUAACGCUGUCAUGUGUGGUGAAGGGAGCGAGGCCGGCCGCCAUCAUCACCUGGCUUAAUGGCUCCGUACCUGUCCAGGACGCCCCUACGCUCGUCAACGUCCAGGAGGACUCGGGCAAGAUCCGUCUCCCUGACGACACGUACGAGACUAGGAGUCGCCUGAAAUUCGAAGCCACACGAUUCGAGAACGGGCAGAGCUUCUCGUGCAAGGCCUCGAACGUGGUGCUUGAGAACAGGAACCAGGAGCCCAUGGACAGUAUGGUCAGCCUCGACGUUCACUACGCCCCCAUCGUGAGGGUCAGCCCAGAGAACGUCACUGUGAACGAGUCAAUGGACGUACUCAUCUUCUGCCAGUACAGCGCCAACCCUGCCAAGCUCUCCUACGUCUACUGGUACCAGGACGGUCGGCAGGUGAACGUGGCGGGGUCCUCAGAGAAGUACGGCAACGGUAACGUGGACCACCCGUCUCUCCUCAUCAAGAACAGCUCGGCGGCAGACAUGGGCGAGUACACCUGCCGGGUCUCCAACUCUGUCGGCGCCUCCGAAGUCACAAACAACGCCUUUGUCAGCGUGCAGUACCGGCCGCUGGUGCAGGUGGUGAUGGACCCGAUGGAACCUGUGUCCGAGGAGGACCGAGUUAAUGUCACUCUUAACUGUGACGUGGUGCGAGCCAACCCAGAGUACUUGGUGCGCGUCCGCUGGUACCUGGACGGUGAGCUACUGAAGGAACUACCGGAGUGUGACGGCAACUCGACCAUGUAUGACACCAACUCGGAGCUUUGUAACAUUGAUCCCUCCAAGCUACUCCUUGAAAACGUCUUCAAAGACUUCCAUGGAAACUACUCGUGUGAGGGCAUGAACGAUGCUGGCUGGGGCACCAGGUCAAACGAGGCCGAGUUGAUCGUCCACUAUCCUCCCGGCCAGGCCUCCAUUUCCUACGAGCCACCAAUGGUUGUUAAGGGUCUCUCCCUGGAGUUGACAUGCAACGUGGAGGACGCAGGCCGACCCGCCGCCACCACCUUCAGAUGGUACCGCGGGUCCCACCUGGUGCCUGAUGAAACUACGGCCACCUGGACUAUCAACCCCGUGUCUCUCGAGACCGAAGAUAACUUCACCUGCGUCCCAGUCAACAUUGAGGGAGAAGGAGAGAGAGCUACAGCUAAGAUUGAAGUUCUGGCUGCACCCGUGUUCAUCGACCGCCUCCCACCUUACCACGGAGCACUCAUGAACUCGGCGGAGGUGUCGCUCUCCUGUCGGGUGGAGUGCUCGCCCUUCUGCUCCGUCGAAUGGUUCAAGGACGACCUCAUGCUGCUCAACGACACCCACUACAAAGUUAGCACCAGCCGAAUGCCCCCUGAUCCCUCCUCCGGGGACCUGCAGAGCGCCAUGUCGGUGCUGACGUGGCAAAUGGACCGCUGGCCUAACGGUGUGCUGGACAGGGUCCAAGACAACGCCAACUACACUUGCACCUCCACCUCCAACAUGGCCGGGCCCGGGGUCACCUCUCACACCUACUUCAGGGUUGAGUACCCACCGGAGGAGAUCUUGGUGUCUGACUCCUACAUACAAGUAGUGGAGGGUGAAGUGCCUCCGAAGAUAGAGUGUCGUGCCUCCAGCUACCCCGAGGCUACAUAUGUAUGGCUGCACGGCGAGCACACCGUGGCUAAGGGCGCCGUGCUAAACCUGGAUCACCCCAUCGAGAGGCACCGUGCUGGCGACUACGAGUGUAUCGCCCAGAACCGCCACGGCAAGAUGACCUCCACCACCACCUUCGACAUCUUGUUCAAGCCGGAGUGUAAGAUCGACCGCCAGGACGGAGGAAGCGGAGAGGACGCCCACAUCCUGCUCAUUUGUCGUGCAGCAGCCAACCCAGAGGAGGUGGUCUUCAGGUGGCGGAUGUUGAACGAGACACUGACGCAGGACGUAACGUCGGAGGGCCUGGAGUCUCGGCUACGACUACCGGCGACGGCGGCCUCGCUGGGAACCUACUACUGCUACGUCAACAAUACCAUCGGCGAGUCCAUCCCCUGUGAAAUUGACGUAACAGGUGUCGCAGGCAUUAUGGAGAAGCUCGGGGACGACAACAUCAUCGUCAUCUCCGCCAUAGUAGCAGCCGUCAUCGUCCUCGUCCUCAUCAUCUGCGUCGUCAUUAUCGUCAUCUGCCGUAGACAAAGGCAAGCCGGAAAAUACAACGGUACGACCAACUUACAGGAGAGAGAGAACCCGGAAGGGACCUCGCCCCGCCCCGACCCCUUCUCCCCUGCCUCAGUCCAACCAGUACAUAAGUGGCCACUCCGUCCCGGCGUCCACGUGCACGUCAACUCACUCACUAGCCUGACCGACGAUUCUAAACCUAUGCACAACAAUAACACCAUGACGAACCUUUUUCCUCCCACCACCACCGCCCCACCUCCUCCUCACAACCCCCAGCAUUACCCGUACCACCAGCAUCCUCUCCAACACGCUUCCCAUCCCCUGGCCAACAACCACCACAACCAACAGGACAACCACCAUCCUAGUUAUUCCCACCCUCUACACCCUCACCAACAGUACCCGACUUUAGAUAGCAAACGUGCUGGCUCCAGCCUCCGCAAGCUUAAUUCCCACAAUAACCCGCACACACUUCCUCGCCAAACCUCUCUGGAUGUUUCACGGGAGGAUUUGGUGUCCUCAGACCACUCUCCCACCUCCCACUCCCAUCCUAAAUCUGCGACUAACAACAACAAAUACAGACCAAAAAGUGCUGUUUCUGACCUUGACGUAAACUUUCACACGGGGAAUUCAGUCGUGGUACAGACCAAGCCAGACAUCAGCGAGGGGUCGACGACCGGACGUAAGCGCAAAAAGCCAGGUCAAGAUCCUGAAGCUUCUAAACCCCCGACUACUGGUCCCAAAGAUAAUGGAAUUCCCUCGCCACCCGACGAUGACAAACAGACCUUCUACGAAAACCUGCCUUUCCACGGCAUGCAGCCACCGCCUAACAAGGACGCUCCGGAGGUGCCAGGGUCCAGCAUGGUGGGAGGAGGUGGUAGUGCAGGAGGCAGUCGACCUCCUAGCCAGCUAAGCCAGCAGGCAUCUUCCGGUUACGGAUCAACCCGAAGCAGGAAAGACGUCAAUCUCAAUCAGUCUAGCUCAGAGGAGGGCUCGAAGGAUCCCCCGAAGGUGCCAGGGAGGCGAGACGUGAGUUUCCGCCAGGAUGUGGCCCAGAUGGAAGAUGAGAAGGGUUUCAAUCGCGUUCAGAGGCAAAAUUCUGAGUCGUACGGUUCAUUAAGGAGCGCAUCAGAGAAGUCUGCUAAAAGUACGCUGGCAAAAACAGCAGCAUAUUUUUCCAUGAGGCUUACCGGAAACAAGAGAAAGGGGAGAAGUAAGGGUAACAGUGAGGAAAAUCACCAAAUGAUCGACAAACAGCCCACCAUACAAACUGUCCCAACCACAGAUUCUCCGACAUAUCCUUUGAGAGAGAACGAGAGUGAGGUUCUGGCUCCAAGCCAACACACCACACAUUUCACCUCCGAGACCAAACACACCAUCACAUCACAACCAUCUCAAAAUACCCUCAUCCUCGAGUCCAGUCAGACAUCCAAACUCACAGUCAUAGGUAGACCCCCAUCUAGAGCAGAUUCUAAUACCGACUCUAUAUACUCAGAAGGUUCGAGCAAUCGGAAUAUUCCACGACCAGGUAGAGCCACUAAAGUACGCAAUCACGAGCCCUCCUCUGACCCAAGGGCGAGUGACGUCACGGAAACGACAGAUACCUUGCCAACUCCAGCGCCACGAAACGGUACUGGCGGAAAAGUAAAGCACACGUACCAGAAUAUUCCUCUUCCCACCAAAGAUAACAUUACGAAUGCUCAGCGUCCUUCACCAAAACAACCACACCAUGUACUGCCUGAGAACCGAAAGACAGCCAACUACGGGUCAGCUCAGAAUCCUACGCCUAGCUCCUCGUCAUCCUCCUCUUCCCCAUCCUCCAGUCACUACCAGCCACAAUACCAAACUCAGUACCAACCACAGUACCAGCCACAUUACCAAAGAAAUCCAUCUGCAACAUAUAAACAAUACCCAUCAUCUUCAUCGCUAAAAGAGUCCCAUCCUCCGCCAUCAUAUAACUCAUGCUCGCGACAGUCAUACUCAUCCUCAACAUAUCCACAUAGGUUGGAGAACCAAUCACAUCCUGCCACUUCAUACCCAAACACUCAGUCACAUCCUGCCACGUCAUAUCCUAGUUCCCAAACCCACGCCUCUAAGGCAUAUCCACAACCUGCAAACAGUCAAUCACAUCUCCCUAAAUACGCUCCAGGAGUUGUGUACGCAGACCUAGCCUUAUCUCGUAAUGGCCAGCCAAACCAUUACAGAAGAGAUCUCAACACUGAGUAUGCCAUCCUCCAGUUUAAUGGUCCUAUUGUGGGACAGGAAAUCGACGUAUAAAAGCCGUUCCUUACCAGCCUGGGCGGGGGCGACCUGGAGUACGCUGACGUAGAUUACGCCACCUACAACUAUGGCCCCAUCCCCUACAAAGCCGCCUCCAUCACCAACGCCCAGGAGAAGAAGGC